AUGGACUUUAAGCAAUUUCGCGAUACUGCUGAACUUUCAGAUUUUACAGUUUACAUUGAUAAUGAGAGGUUUAAAUUGCAUAAGUUUCCACUUUAUACAAAGUCUGAUUACUUCAAGGAAAUAGCAAGCAGCAAUCCUGUUUGUCAGAUAAAUGACUUUCCUGGUGGUUCAAAAUCCUUUGCUGUCGUUGCCGACUUUUGUUACGGCAAAGAAAUAAACAUCACUUCCGAGAACGUAGUUUAUUUAUAUGCUGCAGCCGACCUCCUCAAAAUGAAAGGCAAAGAUAAUUUACUGGAGAUUUGCAGGAGGUUUUUGGAUGGUGUGUUUCGUUGUGCUCUGGAAAGAAAAGACAUAGUUAAUCUGAUAUGUGUUUUAUGUUCAUGCUGUGAAGUUAAAUCGGAUGCUGUUAAGAAAAUUUGUGAAGAUGCAACCACAAUUCUAAUGUCAUUAUGGCUACAUGGGGAAAAUAGUUUGAAAGGCUGUUUUUCACCACACACCAUGAAUUUUACACAUUCGGAACGAGAAAUAUUCAGUGACGAGUCAGUGUCUGACUACCUGGCUUAUCUUCCCUUGGGAAUGUUUUUGAAGAUUAUUAACAUUGCAAGAGAUCAGAAUGUAGAGGAGAAGGUUGUUCUAUAUGCUUGUGCAAAGUACUUGGGUCGAGUUCUUGAUCUUUACGACUCAGAGGUCUCCAGAAACGAGGUAUCUAAAAAUUCAGACGCUCAGAAUAACUCUGACAUGAAAAACGUUCCAUCUAAAGAGGUUUCUAACUCAGGUGAAAAUAUUAUUUCUGGUCAACCGUUUUGUGGUUUGAAUGUAAAAAUAAAGUUGGAUCAUCAGAUAAGGCUGGAAAAACUGUACAAGGAUAAUAUCAGCCUGUUUGAGGACUUAAAAAAUACUGCAGAACAGUUUGAAAAAAUUUUCGAAACUCUGCCCAAACCAAAUGAUAUUUAUGAUUUUAUUAACACCACGUGGAUUAUUAAGGCAUUACUAUUGACGGAUUCAAACAAAGUAAAGUCAAAGUGCCGACUGGAUAUUUUGAAAAUAGCCAAGAGAAUGCUUACUAGUUUUUCUGAUCAAGAUUUCGAUAAGUUUUCACCUUCCAUAUUGAAUGAUAUUCUCAAUGCUAAUAAUAUGCAAAUGGAAAAACCACCUUCAGAUGAAGCCAUCAAUCUUAGCAGGAGGAGCUCAAAGAGGAAAAGCUACAAAGAAGAGAUAUUAGAAAACAAUCCUACUGAAAUACUUGGUAAUCGUAAACAGAGCAGUAUUAAAGAGGCAAAUAUUGAAGAUGUUAGUGAAAAACAUGAAAACAUAAAUGAAACAAAAUCUGAAAUAUUGCCGGAAUCAGUAGCGAAUAAAAUCAUUAAAUAUAUGUUAAAGAAGGCCGAUGAGCAAAAGCUAACAAUGCAGCAAUACAUUCAAUUGCUAAAACAAAUCCAGGUUCCAAAUAAUCAGACUUCUUUAGAUAAUGACCUUGUAAAGAUCUUAAUAAAGCUUACUAAAUCAGGUCAACCACGUAAUGAAGAAGAUGCUCACGAGAUAAUAACUCAUAUUAGUUUAAACAAUUGCACAGCUGAUACUUUAAAUGAUGCAUUGGAAUUGGAUUUGUUCCCUCCUAAGACUGUUGCUGCUGCAGCACUGUAUGUUGCUAACAAGAAGCAGGAAAAUCCAAUCUCCACUUCAAGUAAUCUUGAAUAUCCCUACACAUGGUUACCUACUUAUUAUACGAAACCAUUAAUGUUGCCGAUGCGUGGUAGACCUCGAUGCACUGAUCAUCUUUAUAGUAAUUCACAUUAUUCAAGAUCAUUUUAUCCUUCUUAUGAUAAAUCACGUAGUUCUUCAUUAAAUAGGAAUCUAGAACCAGAGUAUAAAUAUAAUGGCUUCCAUCCCUAUUUAUUAUCCUAUUCUUCUUUUCAACCGUAUUCAAAUGAAUUCAAAUAUAACAGUAAUGCCAGUAAUAUGAAAUUUUCAGAUCCAUUUAAUAAUAAUUAUCUAUCAAAACCCAUGGCUAAAAAUAGAGGAUUCUAA